AUGUCUUCCUACGUCGCCGGUAACGAGAAGCAGGGUAAAGAGGACGCACAGUCUUCUGCCCCCAUCCGCAGGAUCCGCAUCACCUUGACCUCGCGUCACCUCAAGAACGUCGAGAAGGUGUGCGCUGAGCUGGUGGGUCGCGCCAAGGGCAAGGCACUCCGUGUCAAGGGCCCCGUGCGAUUGCCUACCAAGACUCUCAAGAUCACGACCCGAAAGACACCUAACGGUGAGGGUUCGAAGACUUGGGAUACCUUUGAGAUGCGCAUUUACAAGCGUACCAUCGACUUGUACUCCCCUUCCGAGAUUGUCAAGCAGAUCACCUCCAUCAACAUCGAGCCUGGAGUAGAGGUUGAGGUCACGAUUGCCGCUUAA